GGCGGGCGUGGUGGGAUCGCCUUUUUCCACGGGCUUGCAAACGGUAGGGGGGCGCAUGCCAUGGUUGAGGAGGACAUUGGUGAGGACUUGACUAAACCUGAGAGUGUUGCUAGUUCUGGGUACUCUGCAAGUGUUGCUGAUCACGUUUUAAACGAGACGCAUGAGCAUGGCAGUUUGGAUGACAGUCAACAAGUGGAGCCUCAGCUGGAUUCAGUUGGUGAUGAGAUGGUGCCGUUUCGUGCCAUUGAUCUGAUUGGAGUUUCAGACAGCUUUGCACCAUUUAGGCCUCCACCUCAGUACGAUCAGCAUCUGCCUUGUGAUGUGCCUGAAACGGAGCAACAUUUGUUUGGACCCCCUGAACCUGUUUCUGAAGUCAAUCAUGGGUCGGAUGUUCACGAGUCUGUGGAAAUUGGCAGUGCAGAUUCAGUUGAGCUUGUUGAGAAUUAUGCUGACGAGCUGUCAGAGCCUUUGGAAGAUCAGCCUAUGUCCGGACCUGUGGUGCCAACUCAGACUUGGAAUGAAAUGGUUGCACAUGGUUUUGCACAGUUUAGGCAAAUACCUGAGUCACUCUUGUUUCCUUGGGAGCAGGGACCGAUGGCUGCUGUUUUCAACUUCGACGCUGACCCCCUGCCACAAUGCUUGGGGAUUGCUGAAACAGAGCGAACAGUUGGUGCCGACACCUCAGAUCCUUUGCAGAACCAUUUGAAGGGUUUCUUACUGCCUGAUGAUGCAAAGUACGUGCAUGCUGUCAAAAGCAUACAAGAUAUGAAUUACUUUGACAACAAGUCUCAGCAGUUGGAGUUAGCAUGCAGCCAAUGGUUGCGCAUCCUUUCAGUGCAGUGGAGUGCAUCGGGUGUUGGACCUCAGCUUGCGGCGGCCUUACAGAAAGAUAGUGCAGGUCAGGAGGCGUGCACGAUUUUGAAAGCAUGUUUUGGUAUCAAGAGUCCAUCAACUCUGCUUAAGAGAGCUGGAGCCUUCAGAAAGUUUUACAGCUGGUUUGAGAAGUCAUCAACAUGCAAGGAGUUGAACAGUUUUCCUUUGCCACUGGAAGAGCCGGUUGUUUGGGAAUAUUUCCUGUCAUUGCGGCAGCUGAGAAGCGCACAAUCCAAAGGAUAUACAGUGCCAUCCAGUUUCCUGGAAGCAGUGCGUUUUGCCAAGUUCACUUUGGAUUUGCAAGGCACGGACAGUAUUUUGGGCUCACGAAGAUUGCUAGGCCUCUCGGCCUUGGAACGCAAGGCAAAGGGCCCUACAGUUCAGGCUCCUGGGCUCCAGCCUGAGCAUAUUAGGCGUUUGCAUGAGGUGUUGCACACUUCUUCAAACUUGAUUGACAAACUGGGAGCUGGUUGCUUUUUGGUGUGCUUGUACGGACGUGCAAGAUGGAGUGACAUGCGAUUUGUGAGCCAUGUGCAGCUGGAAGAUGGUGAGUUUGUCACCUUUUACACCACUGAACACAAGACUGCUUCAGUGGGCUUGCGAAGGGAACAGUAUCUACCUAUUGUUGUUCCAUGGAGUGGCAUUUGCAAUGAUGACUGGUUGCGUGAGUGGCUUAAGGUAUACCACCAAGUUGGCUUGGACAUUUCCAAGCGACCGCUGGGGCCAUUGCUACCAGCACCCAGGAUUGAUGGGUCUUUCUGCGCAAGGCCUCUGACCACGCCAGAGGCAGCUACGUGGUUGAGAGCCCUGCUUCAGGGAACCAGUGAAUGUGAGACUUUCAGAAGUCAUUCACUCAAAGCUACACUUCUCAUUUGGUGUGCCAGGGCUGGAUUUGAUAGAGAGACCAGAGCAGUACUUGGACAUCAUUGUAGCGCUGUGAGUGGCUCUGAAGUAGUUUACAGCAGACAGCUGCAGACACGUGCUUUGAGGAAGCUUGCAUUGGUGCUUCGACGGGUGCGGGCAGGUCUUAACAUCGAAGAUGAGGCCAUGAAGGAGUAUGGCAUCAUCAGCACACCGGCGCCAUUUACUCCGGUGGCUGCAGCCAUGACACCUAUGGCACCUGUGCCUUUUGCUCUGCCCCAGUCAGUGGGGCCUCGGCAAGAGACCGUCGACAAGGAGGCGGUGGACAAUGCCGUUUCAAGUGCCCUUCAUUUGGAGGAGCUUCAGAAUGUCAAAGAGGAGGACUUGGACCAGUCGACAUUGGAGCAGGCUGCUGCUGAGUUGACCCUCUUCCCAAUAGAGGUGGUAGCUGCAGGUGUUGUUGAGAUUGAGUCUUCAUCAGGUAGUGACAGCUCCACAACAUCGACUGGAAGUGAGACCUCUUCCUCAGAGGAGGUUGUGCAAGCUCAAGGACCACAAGUGGUUGAGUUUGUGCCUGAGGGCGUUGAUUUCUAUCGGCAUGUGAAGAGUGCUUUGGUUGAGAGCCUCAGGCGCCACGGUGUCAAGACGUUGUCACAAUUGGCCUUUGCAAUUGGCCAGCCAGGCCAACCCAUUUUGGAUGCAAACAUUGAGCAGUUGGUACAACAAGCCCAUGGAAGGGCAGCCAACCUCACUGAAAUUGCCAUUUUGAAGAGGGCAGCGUUUGAGGCUCAGACAUACCUCACCGCAACUUUGAGGCAGGCAGUUGACAAAACAGAUGACACUCCAAGGCGAAUCCCGUUUGCCGAGAGAAACACACGUUUAGAAGCGCUACGUGCGGUGUUGGGUGGCAUAGGCAUUUCUGGUGAGCACGAGCCUGCCCACAGUCUUUUAGACAGGGCCUGUGCCAUGUUUGAGGCCAACAACAUCAAGUAUCUUGAGUUGUCGACAUGCAUUUCCAGAUCGCUUGAAGUACAGGGAUCAACAAAGUCGAAAGAACUGACCUUAGAAAAAGGAUCGCUGAUUCUCAAGCAUAGCGAGGACAAGCUCACAUCGCCAACAGACAGCGAGAUCAAAGUCCAUUAUGCAAUGGUCAGGAGGGGCAUCAGUUUCCAGUUUGCAAAGCUGAUGUCAUACGCAGAGCAUGCAGCGUGGGAAACCUUCCUAUUCGAGGCACUUCACCGUGAAGCUCCACCAGGCUUUGCCAGGCCUUCAUUGGCCCAAUUGCUGCAAUGUGACAAGGCGGCGUUUGGCCGACUGACAGCACAGGUUACAAGUGUGAGGCAAAGGGAGGACGGAACCUACCCCCUCGGUGAAGCAUUGCUUGCACUCAGGCAUGAUCCGCUGGUUGCAUUGUUUCUCAUGCCCACUGCCAAGUCAAGUUCCGCAGCAGCACCUGCUGCACCUGGUGCAGCUUCAGCAUCUACUACCAGACCGCACCCCUACAGCCAGCCAGGGGGCAAAGGAAAAGCAAAAGGCAAGCGAAGCGGUGGAAAGUCAUCACCGCCCAUUCCAGCUGAGCUGCGUGGCAAAUGGCACAAGAGUUCUAGUGGUGCUCGAAAGGAUUGCACAUCUGUGCAGAGCCCCGCUGUGGUGCUUCUCAUUCGCUUCAAGAUCAUGGCAAGUGACGAUGCCGAAGGCAAGCGUGUUUGGGCCACAAGCUUGGAGUCACAAUACCCCACAAAGAUGUGCAUUGCUCUUGUCAACUUAGUUCUACAGUUUGCUGCAGAGCAUGGCCUGACAUUGCGUGCGCUUAGCUUGCAGGAAGACACAAAUCCCUUGAACGCCAACAGGAUUGCAUGGUGCAGAAAGUGGAUGUCUAGAGCCCAUGAGUUGGAAGCUCAGGAACGUCAGGCGGCAGCCAAGAGACAUGCUGCAGUUGCUGAGUUGACAUCCAACAAGCGGUUGCUGCUCACCAGAGAGAUGCUGGCGGACAUCAACUAUGAGGAUGUAGAUGCAAUCUCUUUGCUUGAACAAGGUGGCUUGGGUGGAGUACUGAUCAAUGCUGAGGCGCAAGUGUGCGCCUGGUUUGGACUUCCGCUUGAUGCUGCCACUUGUAUUUCUUUUGGGUCACACGGCAAGUUGACCAUCAUCUAUGAGUUGGAACUACUAGCUGCCAUUAUAGCUUUGAACUUGUGGAGUGGUAGUCAUGGCGAUGAGCUUAAUGUGCACUUCGGCGACAACGACGGAGUGCGCUUCUCCUUGGUUAAAGCUUCAGCAGCAGGAACAGUUGGCCAAAGAUUAUUGGCGUAUCAUAUCAGACAAGAAGCCUUGAAGGGAUCUCGAACUUGGUUUGCACGCGUUCCUACUGAGUGCAAUUUGAGCGAUUUUCCUUCGCGUGGUGUGGUGCAUGCUUUACUGGGUGAAGACUGCAAUGCGAGCGCAAGUGCUUUGGUUUUGCUUUCGGAAGUUCUGGCACAUUUGAACAACGGUGGCAAUUCACAAUUUUCAGAAUGGGGGAGGUCAGAUCGUUCAGCCCCCGCGCUUUUGGUUUUGGACACAGACGGUGGGCGUUUGGCCGUGAAAUACAACUCAUUAGCCCGCAAGGAACUGUGGCCAAGUGUCAAACAACAAGUUGCUUUUGAAAAACGGGUCAUCAACAAACUGCCGAAACCCUCCGCAACCCGAAGUGAUGUGGACGUUGCCGUCAUAGAUGACUACACCGUCAUAUUUCAGGCUUGCAAUGAUGUUGUCGUGGCUGCGGUUGCUGCUAGCAGCGAGAACGAACUAGUGGUGCUCGAGCUCGCUGAAGGCAUGUUCAAUGCACUCUCAAGCGCCUGCCAAAGUCAGAGUUUCCUGUCUUCGGGGCUGACCAAACAACUUGUGCUGGACAAUCUGAGUGAUGUUCUUUUCAUUUUAGAUGAGGUGACCGACAAUGGAGUCAUCAUGGAGACAGAUGAUGAAAAAAUCUCUGCACGAAUCAAAAUGAUCGAUGAAACAGAGUAUGCAAUCAAAGAAGCAGUUCAGCAUUUGUCACUUGUUUGCAACUUUGCGAUCGCUGCGAGGUGCGAAGCAGAAGCUGCUGGGUUCAUUGAUGGGGAGCCGGGGUUGAGAUGCCCAUGGCUCUCUGAGCAUUUGGCACAAGCUGCCGCUGAUAAUAUCUCAGCUAGCGAGGCUCAGAGCGACUUCAUGCCCGUGCGGCAGCACUUGUAUCACAAACCAAAAUGGUUGCCUACUCAAGGCAUUUCGGUCAAAGUGAGGAGUGUGAAUGCUACAGAUUGCUCCACCGCGCUGGUCAAAAUUGCAGCUUCUGGAUCUCGGGCAGCGUUUGUGCUAGACAUGGCCAGCCGCUGCCUGGCAGCUGGGGCGUGUGUGAGCUUCUUUGCCGGCAUUGGAUUCUGCCUUCUUGUCGGUCAGUUCUUGCCAGUGAAUCCUGGCCUUGCUCGGCGCUUGGAAGCUGUUGGACACUGGGCUGAUCAUGAACUAUCACAUGCGAUCAUGAUAAUACAUGCUGAAAUUGCGAACAGGGGAUCACUGGGAGCACGAGCUGGAGUUGCAUCGCAAGCCUCUGAGGUUGAGGGCAAACAUGAAAAGCAGUCUUGUUUUAAGUAUGUUCAUAAACACACUUACGCCACAGGUGAUCCCAAGGCAGCUGCUUACUUCGUUGCCAAAUAUUUUGGAGCUUGGUGCAAUCACGAACCUGGACAUGGAAAGCAGCGUACGCACUGCAAAGAUACCGAAUUUGAACAGCCCAUGACAUGGAACGCCUAUUUCCCAGCAAGUUUGGAACAGCCCUUGGGUUUCUCCAUUCACUUUGUGAAGAAUCCUCACAAAUUUCCAGCGCAAGCUCCGAUGAACGAGACGGAGCUUGGGCUUUUGGUGGAGAAAUGGCGCGGGAACUUCAGCCAGACUGGGCGUUUUGAUCAAUUUAUGGACAAUCAUUUGGGUUUGGUUUUUGAUACACUGGAUCCUUUGGUGGAAAAGUGGCAGCGAGAUGGUGUGCCCUUCAUUUGUCGUUCCUGGUGUUGUGGACCUGGGAUGGAGCAGUGGCCGGAUCGGUGCCCCUUCGGUCCAAGCUCCGACAUGGAUUUCUGCGAACAGGGCUGUUAUGUGGAGGUGCCACAUGGCAUCAUUCUUGAAGCUCUCUGCGGCAUGGAGAAUUACACGGCUUCACGAAAGUGUCUCACAAAGACAAUUGACUUGGUAGUGCUUCGUCGCUGCAUGCGCAUGGCAGGAUCAGCUGCCAUUCGUAUUCUCCUGGCCCUGUCAAGCAGCACCAGGGACAGCAGCUUGGCCAACUUGGCCGUGUGCAAGAACAAAAUCUGUUGA